CUCAAAGUUGUCGAAGUAUCAAUUACCUGCUUUUUCUAAUCAACGACAACUCGAAAUCUUCUGUGAUGUUUACCUAGGUUGCGACAGUCGGCGAGGCUUUCUUUACACUAGAGCGAUCCUUGUCCCAUAGUCCACGAGUCGUCAUGGGUUCCUGCCAGAACGAAAACCCAUCUCCAACACGCACAACUACGGCCAACUUCUUCGAUUUACCAAAGAAGGCGCGCGAGAAUAUCUACAAGAGACUCCUAAUCUUACGAAGUCCGAUUUAUAUCUUCCAAGAGCCGAACUCCCCUAUAGAGAGCUUUGCGCCCGACAGACCUUUUCGAUGGCUUGCUUUGCUACGUACCAAUCGACAGAUACACACGGAAUCCAGCGCAGUACUCUAUGGGAUGAAUCAAUUUCAUCUCGUAGAAAUCACGCCAAUUCAAGCCGAGCUCCUGAAAUCGUUUUUAGCUUGCAUUGGUCCCGCGAAUUCAGCCUCAUUAUCUUAUCUAUGCGUCAAUUUUACGGUCGCAGAACGCUUGGGUGGCAAAACAGGAAUGAUUAAGCUCACCACCGACAGCACACAGACCUUAAGACUAUAUCGCGACAAAUGCGCUCAGCUAUCGACCCUAGAAACUGUUGUGCACUACAAAAAUUCUGGAUUCUUUAGGGAGUCAGACGACUUUCUUCAAAAUGCGCUACCGUUCAUCGAUAAACAAUUGAGAACUAUCCCCUCAUUACACAAGAUCAUUGUCCGGUUUCUUGAUUUCCAUGGGAUACCAACUGCUUUCGCAAAGGAUUUGAUGGAAGGGCUUGGGUGGAUAGUGGUACUUCGUAGUUGAAUCAAUCCUGGCGGUCAACAUGAUGAGGGUUUUUUGUGAUUCUCCCUAGAUAUAUAAGGAUGCCCAGUGGUUUUGUUAGUCCAUCUUACGCGUUGGCGAAAUUCAAACAUCAUCAGCGCAAAGUGGCACUUAAGUAUUCCUUUGUUUACAUCACAUCAUGUUAGAGAUAUUGUACUGCUUGAUCUGACUGCUGGCAUCACGCUUUUUUUCUGCAUAACCCUCUAUUCUUCUUUUGCCUCCUGUCACUCCUUACGCCCUGUUUUGUCUCUAGACUCUUAUCUGCUAGCUUUAAGUAGAC